UGGGCCCAUGCCAUGUUGGUCACUGUGUACUGUGUGCGGAGGGACCUCUCCGAGGUAACCUUCUCCCUCCAGGUCACCCCUGAUUUUGAGCUCCACAACUUCCGAGUACUCUGUGAGCUUGAGUCCGGCAUCCCAGCAGAAGAGAUCGAGAUCAUCUACAUGGAGCAGCUCCUCACAGACAAUCACUGCUCCUUGGGCUCCUAUGGCCUUAAAGAUGGCGAUGUGGUUGUUUUACUGCAGAAGGAGAAUGUGGGACCUCGACCUCCUGGGCGGAUAUCAAGCCUGCCUCGAAUUGACUUCACCGGGAUAGCCAUGCCUGGGACAUCCAGCUCCCGGCACCACCAGCACCAGCACCACCACCACCAUCAGCACCAUCAGCACCAUCAACAUCAGCAGCAACGUUCACAAUCAACUCAGCAGUCACACGGUUUGGCCUGUGGAGAGAAGAUGACAUCCGCUCCAGGGAUGAAUAAUCCCUCCUUGAUCCGAAGCAUGUUGCUGGCCAAUCCCCAUGAUCUGUCCCUGCUGAAGGAACGCAACCCUCCCUUGGCUGAAGCCCUACUCAGUGGAAACCUUGAGACUUUUUCUCAAGUAUUGAUGGAGCAGCAAAGGGAGAGAGCCCUGCGAGAACAAGAGAGGCUUCGUCUCUUUUGUGCUGACCCAUUUGAUCUGGAAGCUCAGGCCAAGAUCGAAGAAGAAAUAAGGCAGCAGAACAUUGAGGAGAACAUGAAUAUUGCUAUGGAGGAGGCUCCGGAGAGUUUCGGGCAAGUGGCCAUGCUCUACAUUAACUGCAAAGUGAAUGGGCAUCCUUUGAAGGCUUUUGUUGACUCAGGGGCCCAGAUGACCAUCAUGAGCCAAGCUUGUGCUGAGCGUUGUAACAUAAUACGGCUGGUGGACCGACGCUGGGCUGGAAUCGCUAAAGGAGUGGGAACACAGAGAAUUAUUGGCAGAGUUCAUCUAGCUCAGAUUCAAAUCGAAGGCGAUUUCUUACAGUGCUCCUUCUCUAUCCUGGAGGAGCAGCCCAUGGACAUGCUUCUUGGGCUUGAUAUGCUCAGAAGACACCAAUGCUCCAUUGACUUAAAGAAAAAUGUCCUCGUGAUAGGAACCACUGGCACGCAGACUUAUUUUCUUCCUGAGGGGGAACUGCCCCCAUGUGCUAAGCUAGUAAGUGGUACAGGGCAAGAAGAAUCUUUAGACAAGGAGGCAGCAAAUACUAUGAAGCAUACAGUCAACAAUUCAGGACGGAAAAAGCACUGA